AUGUCCGAUGACACUUUCUUCGGCACCCUCGCUUGGCCGGAAUACACUGAAGAAGAUCUUCAAAUCAUUGACGGCCUCUGCGAAGAAAGCGGACCGGAUGAUAUUCCCCUCCUUCGUGGUGCUUAUAACUUUCGUACUGGUACCAGCAGACCUGCUGAUGGAGUCUAUAAGUUAGCUGGUGAAAGCCCGUAUGCUCGCUUCAGGAGACAACGCGGUUACUUGUCCGUAACGGACAUCGUUGCUCCAGCAUGGUGCGAGGUUCAAUUUGAUUAUGGGCUACAACAACGUCGGAGGAGACCACUAAAGGAAAGGCCAAAAUCGUUCAUUACACCAAGGGGUAAAGAAAUCCACGUAAAGACAUCCGUUGCGGUUCAAAACGAACAAAUGCUGAAGAAGGGCAGGGUUGUGCACAGAAAGCUAGAAAAGGAAAUUCAUAAAGAGGAAGUAGUCAUAAAAGUUAAAACGAAGGAGGAAACAUGGGCUUUGCGGCUUAGCUCUAGCACCGAGUCCCUUGUCUGUCGAGAGAUUCCCGUAUGGGGCAUAAUACAUAAUCAGGCGAUGUACGGAAUUAUUGACGAGCUACGACUCGAGCGCACAGGAGCCACAGACAGUUCGCCUUCCCAGCAAAAGAAGCACGCAAAGAGUUCAACAGCUCGAAGAAAACUUGAAUCCUUUGCCCAAUUUGCCCCACGAGUUGUACAUGAAUCAGCAGGAACGCCCCGUUUUAUUGUACACAUUCUCGACAACAAGACGCGCAAGACACCAGUGCUACCGUCACUCGCCGAUACCCUCCCUACGCGUCUUCAACUCAUGUUGUAUUGGCUCAUGUUCUCACAAGCACUUUCCGAGCCGACAAGCGAUUCAAGUUUCUCAGCGUUCUGCGCUCGAACUGGUGCUGACCCGACUCGGCCUUUUUCAGAAAGAUUCAUCACAGAGAUGUCGGAGUUAGUCAUUGAGAACGACCUCAGUCUUCAUUUUCUUGACGCAAAAUGCUUAGAGGACAUGGACAUGCCCUACUGGGACUCUCUAAAGAAGAUGGGCCUCUGUACGGAGGACUGCGUCGGCAAGGACUUAUCUCUAGUAUACCGAUUGCGGGGGGAAUCGGUGAAAAGGGCAAAGACCUCGAAAACACCUGCCACCAAAUCGGGCAAGCUCUCCAAGGCAGAAGACGAAUUACAACCGACUGUGACUGUGAAAGAAACUGUUGAAGAUCCUGACGCUAAAACAGACGACGAAGGCGUUAAACUGGCUCCGCCGAUGGAUGGCUCUGUCAACGCGGUUGAGUCUCCAAGUCUAGAGAAGCCGGAUGUCGUUGACAUUUCCGGAAUAUCAUCUGCUCAAGCUACCAAGAUGUAUAAUGACGACACCGGAGGUAAACGCAAACGCAAGCGACGAAAGUCUCGCGCAUCACCUGCACCGACUGUCAGCUCGAAUGAUGCCAUGUCAAGCGAGUCAUCAAGUGAGCACGACACGUCAAGUAACGAAGCUCCCGGCUCAGGCCAGUCUUCCUUUAUUUUGGGGACUAAAAAGUUUCAAUACGAUGCUGCUCUCCUGAACGCUCAUCUGUCAAGCGUUCUGGCAUGGUGGCAUGGGAAGCGCCCGGCUCAUGGAGUAACAAUCGAAGAAACAGGCAGAUGCAACUCCUGUGAAUACAAGGAUGGGUGCGAAUGGCGAGAACAGAAAGCACUGGAAGUCAUGGAAAAGAAAACAGUUAAAAAGGUGUCGUUGGAAACUACUAUCAGUCCUGAUUCAACUUCGUAG